AUGGGGAUGCCGGGUGGGCCUGCUGUGAGACUCAUAAAGUUCGCCAAAGAAUGUAAGGAUAAGAAGUUGAAGGCCUUUUCAACAUAUCCAUAUCGUAGUUUGAAAGAAGUUCUGGCAAAAUAUGGCCUCGCUUCUGAGGGCACAGAGAUUAUACCCCUUUUCACACCACAAAUCUACGAAGUCCAAGACGACAAUAAGCAUCUCGAACUGUGUAUGGCAGAUAUUAAGUUACGACUUCAGAAAGAUGCCACGAAAAAGAAAUUUAGUAUGAGGCCUGUGUACGAAAUAAUUGGAGAUGAGAGUAGUGGGCGGGUCAACUAUGCAAUCAAGGAAUUCGAUGAGCUUAUUUGCAUCACAGAGGAUAAGGUCCAGCAAAAGUUGACAGAAAGCUUCGCUCAGAAUAUAAAACAACUCGAAAGUUCAUUUCAAACUAACAAGAGAAAACGAAAGCGUGAUGAGGAUUAUUUUGACUAUCUGUACGGGGCCGUGACAUCUGCCAGGGAUUGGCAUUUUCUCCUCUAUUCUCCAGGUGAAAUUUUACAGGCGAGUAAGGCCCCCUUUAGCAUCGAAUUUGUUGAAGAGGCUCUGGUUGAGAACUCUGAAGAAUAUCAAACAUUGCGUAAGGGCGUCAAGAAGGUUUUAGGUAUAAUCAUUAGCUUGUUGGAAGAUAGGGCAUGUGUGGGGGAUAAAUCGGAUAGAAAGAGAGCUAAGAUAGAGGAAUAUCAUUCAAAAAAAUAG